AUGUCGUCUCCUGGAGCUAAACAUCGUCUAGGUCGAGGAGGUCCCCCCGGAGGUCCUGCCACUCCGCAGCAAAAUCCUUCCAACCCAUAUCCUGCCUCGCCCACAGUUCCUAGGCCACCACCAACCCCGAGCCACCCAGCCAGCUAUCCGGGCAUUCGUCACCUCCCUGAUGUCGGGAAUACAUUGGCCGACUUGCAUCCCCAAGAUCUGCCAGACGAGCUGAAGCGGGAAGGCCAAGACUGGUUUGCUGUGUUCAACCCAAACACCAGGCGAUCCCUUGACAUUAACCUGAAACAUACCUUGCCACAUCAAAGUGUGGUUUGCUGCGUACGCUUCAGCCAUGAUGGCCGUAUGGUUGCGACGGGUUGCAACCGCUCAGCUCAGAUUUUCGAUGUCGAAUCUGGCAAUUUGAUCCAUCAUCUACAAGACACGUCUAUCAACGACGAGGGCGAUCUCUACAUCCGUAGCGUCUGCUUUAGCCCCGAUGGGAGGUUCCUCGCGACGGGUGCCGAGGACAAGGUCAUCAGGGUUUGGGAUAUUCACGCACACACCAUCAAAACCUCUUUCACCGGCCACGAGCAGGACAUAUACUCACUUGAGUUCUCUCGAAAUGGUCUGCUCAUUGCCUCUGGCAGUGGCGAUCGCACAGUCCGUCUUUGGGACCUCGAACAGGGCACUCAGAGAAUGCAAUUCACCAUUGAAGAUGGCGUCACCACUGUCGCCAUAUCCCCCGAUAACCGUUAUGUCGCUGCCGGAUCUCUUGACAAGAGUGUAAGGGUCUGGGACACGACCAGUGGGUCAUUGGUAGAGCGCCUUGAAGGUGAAAAUGGCCACAAGGACAGUGUCUACUCAGUGGCCUUUGCGCCAAACGGUCAUCAGCUUGUCAGUGGCAGUCUAGACAAGACCAUCAAGAUGUGGGACUUGAGUCAACCCGCACCCCGUCUCAUGCAACAUGCCGCGAGACCCAGUGGUAAAUGCACACGCACUUUCGAGGGACACAAGGACUUUGUGCUCUCUGUGGCUGAGACGCCUGAUGGCGCGUGGGUUCUUUCUGGCUCGAAAGAUCGUGGAGUCCAGUUCUGGGAUCCAAACACGGGCGUGGCGCAGCUCAUGCUUCAGGGACAUAAGAAUUCUGUGAUCUCAGUCGCUCCAAGUCCCAUCGGGGGCCUCUUCGCCACUGGCAGUGGUGACAUGCGUGCGCGCAUUUGGAGGUCAGUAAUUUCUUUACGUUCUGCCCUACAUUUCUUCCGAUCAUUAUCAUCGGCAUCACUACUUAUCUCCUUGCGAUUCUGUUUCCCUCUCUACCUUACGCCGCUCAAUCUUCCCCUUCCUAUUCUGUACAAGCGCCUCGACCCUGGCACAGCUACUUGUCAUCCUCGUCCCUGUCCAGCACGAUGA